AUGGCAAGUGCAUGUGUGGCUCGUUGCAGUGGCUAUAGCUCUCUGCGCGAGGAGUGUGCUCGGGAUCCAUGUUUAGCAAAGGGUAUGUGUAAACUUCUGGAUGACUCCAUUGCGAACUGUGCCGAGUGGUGUUGUCAAGGCCGAGGUGGGUACGUGUUCUUCAUCGUGCUCUUUAUCUGUGCAGGAACGUGUGCGUUGUUUAGCAUAUACUACCUGUGGCGUCUUCACCAGGCCAAUAUUGCUGCUGGCGUGGUGACGGUCGACGGUGAAAAGAUUGAGGCGCCACCAGAACAGGACGCCAAAGCCGAGGCGGUGCAGCGGCGCAAGAAGCGUCAAAUUGCCGUUGACCCGGAGUUGCUCAAGGCGAUUGGCGUCGCUCCUCCAGUGGAGGACAAACCAGGCAUGAGCGGAGAGCGUCGGUAG